AUGGCCGACCAUUCCGCGACCUUUGAAGCGCAACACGUGCACCUCGUGUACGAACACAUCGCCUCCGACUUUUCAAGGACGAGGCAUUCGACCUGGCCUUUUGUGCAGCAGUGGUUGCAGCGAUUGAACGAGGUCAGUCGAGGUGUGGGGUUCUUUGGCUAAAAAGACGGGGCCGUUACGUAGAGGGGUCGAGUGGAGGGGUAGUAGUACCUCUGUUGAUGAAAACCACUCAUUGAAAUUACCUUGUUACUUCCUAUAGAACUCGCUCAUCCUCGACGCCGGCUGUGGGAACGGUAAAUACCUCGGCGUCGAUUCCGUUCUCUCCUCCAGCGAUCGACCGGGACCGAUACCACCGCAUGUCGUGCACAAGAACAGUGGCGUUAAACCGAAAGGAAAGCCGGUCGUUUCGAAGGAGGAUGGUAUGGCGACCUCGAGAACGAUUACGCAGGGAAAAGCGGACUCUAGACCUGCGGAGCUCGAACCGACGGGAGCACGUGACCUCGACCCUUCACUCGAUCCGCCCCCGUCCGCGAGCUCGAAAUCGAACAAGGCGAUCCUUUCGAUCGGUCUCGAUAUGUCAUUGGGGUUAUUAUCCAUUGCAUCGAAGGAGAAAGGGCACGAGGUGGUUAGAGGGGAUUGCUUUGAUCUGGGGUGUUGGAGGAUAGGCGCUUUUGUGAGUUGUGUUCCUCGGCUCUCGGAGUUGCUCUAUCGGUCGCGGUUGAGAGGCGGUGUUGAGAUUGAUUAUUGACUGAGCUUGCCCUUGACUAUUCCAGGACCACGCCAUCUCCAUCGCAACGAUCCACCACUUCGCUACCCAAGCUCGACGAAUCGAGUCCAUCAAAGCGAGUACCCCCCAAGUCCACCUCAAAGCUUCUCCACACCCCCUUUACUCACCCUCAUCCAUCCUUUCUCCCCCACUAGCAACUCAUCAAACUCAUCACACCCUCCCCGACUUCGACCCCUGCCUCCCCGCACAAACUCCUCAUCGUCGUUUGGGCUUUGGAACAGGAUCCUGCCCUGUCCGGGUUCGGGUCAGCGAGGAAAAAGGGUAAAGUCAAAGGUGGGGCCGUUAGAGUUGAUGAAUUCCUCGAGCACGAAAGCAAGGAGGAAGGGGUUGGCGAUGGGUUUAACGAGGGGAAGGUUGGGAGGGAGGAUGAGAGGGAUGUUUUUGUGCCUUGGGAGUUGCAGAGGAAGGAAGAGGGGAUCGCGAAGGCGAAGGGAACGAGGAGGAAGAAGGCUGGGAAGAAGGGGACUGAGGGGCGGCAGGAUGAGGAGACGAUCGAGAAGGAGGAAGGAGGAUCGGUAAAUGUGGUUGAGGAUGAGACCCCGGCAAAGAUCAAGGAACAGACGUUCCAGAGGUACUACCACCUCUUCAAACGCGGCGAAUUGACGGAUUUGGUCAAGGCCGCUGCGAAAGAAUUGGGAGCGAGCUUCGAGGGAACUGCGGAGGUGGAUGCUGAAGGCGAGAGAAUUGGGGCGAUGGGGGAAUUGAUAACAGAAGAAGAUGAAAGGAGGGUUCUUUGGGUGAGGAUGAAGGAAGAAAGAUGGGAGAAGGAGAAUUGGGUUGGCGAUAUCGAGUUGGAGUGGACGAGUGGUUCGGCGCGGGGGAGGUAG